ACAUCGCGGGAGCGCAGGACAAGAUGGACCAUUAACCCCCCUGGUGGUAUUCCUGAGUGUAGCUCGGGUAAAGUUUCAGAGCCAACAGCGGUAACCCCCCCCGGGCUACACUCGGGAAUACACUGCAGCGUUGCUCCGGGAUCUCUUCUUCACUUACCUUGUCCUGCGCUCCCGCGAUGUCCCCCCUGCAGUGUCCCCGCAAUGUCCUCCGAUGCCGGCAUCUGUCUUCCGGGUUCCGUUCCCUGCGACGUCGGGACGUACGGGGGACGGAACUGGCGGCGGGAAAUUCAAAAAUGUGAAAAAGUG